UUUUCAUUUGCCAAAUUCUCCAGCCCCGCCCUUGAGUGGAGUUGGAGGCUGCUGGCUCCAGGUCCCAAGGGACAGGAGUUGCCAUGGCAGCAAGAGCAGGCCCUCCUGGAGCCCUCCACCUCUCAACUCACCCUGCACUUCCCACGCGCUGACAGCGCACGGCUACUUUCAAUUUCCUGGGUGCAUCAUGCUGCUUCUGGCCUCGGGUCUCAGCACUUGCUGUGCUCUGGGCUGCUCUGCCCUCCUUCCCCUCUGUGGCUCAUUCUACUGAUCCUUCAGGUCGCCACUUAGAGUCACUUCUUCCAGGAAGCCUUCCUGGACACCCUGACCGGCUUCUCCCACAACCCCCAGCCCUGGGUUGGUCAGUACCUGCCCCAUCCCUUCCCGCCACUCCCCGCACUGCCCGGGGCUCUCGGAGGGGCUGGGUUCCCCGCACCAUAGCCUCCCUGCUCCCCCCUGCCCACCUAGAGCCAGCACCCGGCCUCAGGUAGGAACCCAGCAAAUGCUUCUCAGUGAAGGAAUGAGAGCAGUGUCCUGGCAGAGCUGGUCUCUUGGAUGAACUCCCGGCGCCGGCGCCGGCCGGGUCCCCAUAAUCCCGGAGUCACUCCCCAACCCUCCCACCUCGGCCAGCCUCCAACUUCUGGCCGGACGCUCAGCCGCGAUCGCGGGAGGGACUCACACGCAGGGACGCGCCGGCCCGGGCGGCGGCUCCUCGGCUCGGCCAGGUGCGGCGGGGACGGCGGCCGGCACAGGAGCGGCGGGGGCCGGGCAGGUGAGGGGCGCUGCUCACGGGGUUCUCGGCGACUCCCGAGGCCUCCGCUCAGUAAGGGCGCUGACAGACGCUGCCGCCGAUUCCCUGAGCUGCGCGCGCCCACCUGGGGGGCCAUCUCUGCCACACCCCCCGGCCCCAGGCCGGGUCUUCUGCCGUUCUGCGCCCCCCGUGAGCAGGUAGUGAUGGAACCCAGAGCAGUCAUCUUGGUGUUUGGCGCUGAGAGGAGCUGAGCAACAUGGCAGAUGAAGCCUGGGCUCCUGGUGAAUCAGGCCACUGGGCCACCAGGCUAGCCCCAGACAUGGUCUGGACCUGGUAGAACUUUUACAUGAGAGAGAAAGAAAUCUUUCAAUCAUUCAGGUCACUGCCCUUGAGGAUUUUCUGUUACCAAAGCCUAAACUGCAUCCUAACUAAUAUAACAUCAUUUAGCCCAUUUUCUCUUAGAUGCAAAUAAAGGCAGAACCUCAAUGUCCCCAUCUAUACAAUGGGGAUAACUUACAUGACAGGGUUGUUGGAAGGACUAGAAAUAACUAUGGUUCAUAGUGGACAAUAAUGGAUGGUAUUAUAAUCUGUUGUAACCUUUAAAAAUGUGUCCCUGAAAUAAAAAUAAUGGUGGCUUUAAAAUAUUGCACACCCUGCCCUCCACAUUACAGGGGAGAGGAGAAACAAAAACAGCAAAAAUUCAUAACUGAUGUAAAAUGAAUGAUGGGGAAGUAACAGUUCACUAUUCUGUUCUGCCUAAUAAUUGCGUUUGAAAACGCUCAUAGUGAAAAAGUUUAAAUAAA